AUGAAGUACUCUAUCGCCGCCGCUGCCCUUGCUGGUGCCGUCAUGGCCCAGGAGCCCGCCUCCACGGUCUUCUCCACCGCCUACUUCACCGUCACCUCCUGCGCUCCCACGGUCACCAACUGCCCUGCCCGCAGCACCGUCGUCUCUUCCAGCGUCGUCCCCGUGACCACCUCCACCAUCUACACCACCAAGAUCAACACCAUCACCUCCUGCGCCCCCGAGGUCACCAACUGCCCCGCCGGCUCUACCGUCGUCGUCACCGAGACCAAGGCCAUCGGCACCACCAUCUGCCCCGUCACCGAGACCGGCGCCAAGCCCACUCCCACCGGUCCCGCCGUCGUCGUCCCUCCCCCCGCCGGCGGCAACAACGGCACCACCCCCGUCGCCGUUCCCACCAAGUCCAUCCCCGCCCCGGGCACCACUGAGGCCGCCACCAAGCCCGUCCCCGUCACCACCGGCGGCGCCGUCCCCUCCGUCUCCCAGCCGGCUACCCUCAUCUCCAGCCCGGCCGCUCCCGUCUGCCCCGGCAGCUCCGUCAAGACCAUCUCUACCAGCGUCACCACCGUCAUCCCCACCGUCAUCUACGAGACCGUCCAGGUCCCCUGCGCUACUGCUUCCAGCGCUAAGCCCUCUGCUGGCAUUCCUGGCACUCCCACCAACGGAACCGCUGUCCCCCCCACCAAGACCCCCGUCACCGCCGGUGCCUCUGGCCUGAGCGGCUCCGUCGUCUUCGCCGCCAUCGCCGGUGUUGCCGCCUACGCCUUCGCCUAA